AUGGCGAUACCCCUGCACUUCCCACUGCUCCUUCUGGCAGCCAUGGUGGCUGGCUAUGCCGCAAGACCCGAACUCAGGAGCUCUCAACUAAUGCUUGGCGGUCUGGAGGAGGCAGACAUGCAAGAGGAGGGCGUGCAUCAGGCGAUUGACUACGCCAUCAGCGUUUACAACCAGGAGAACAAUGAUCCCUACUAUAGCCGUGUUCGCAGGGUGGUGCGUGCCCACAAGCAGGUUGUCACUGGGACAAACUACUACUUGGAUUUGGAGAUAGGUCGAACCACCUGUACUAAGUCUCAGUCUGACCUGGCCGAAUGUCCCUUCAUUGAGCACCUACAUGAGCACAAGAGGACUUACUGCUCUUUCCAGGUCUACAUUGUGCCCUGGCUGCACACGAUCUCCAUGACACAAUACACUUGUCAUAAUGACUAA